ACCAACGCGGGGAUUUUCAUGAUGUACAACGAGGAAAUUUCGACCAUUUUUUGACCUUAUACAUUACUCCCCGCAUUUACUUGUUUAUUUUCCCGCAAGUCAGAUGAAGCAUAUAAUAGAGCGUACAAUGGAAUGACCAAGGUAGUCAGAACCAGGUUGGAGUUUUUUUGUUCUGAUUGGCUGAAGUUCGGGGUCUGGAGCUCUUUUUCGAAAGUUUUAUUACCCCCCAUGACCGCGGGGUAUUUACCCCUUCAGCCUUCGAUAUGGGUUGAUCUUCCUUGUUAGUGAGGAGUUGGUAAUUGUUGAAAAGUCGAGCUUCCUGCCCUCUAGAAGUUUUCUGGGUACGCCUGUGGCUGUGAUCAAGAUGUGGGAAAUAUUGCUUAAUCUACUCCUGCUUACAGUGUUAGCAAGCCGAGUUAACUCUCAGGACCCAAUACGACCGUAUCCUCUUCCUGAUGCAUACCUCUCAACAACAUCAAUUCUCAAUCACUCAAGCUACAUAAAGACAUUUGACGAUCCCCAGUGGUAUCUAGAUAAUAUCCCCUUUAUAGACUUACCCGAUAAGUCCAUCCAGGAUGUCUACUACUACCGGACCUCCGUGAUCAAGAGGCAUCUCAAAUUUGCCCAUGAAGGACAUGGUUGGCUGUUCACCGAAUUCAUCCAUCCGGUCUCAUGGGCCAGCAAACUGCAGACCAUCCCUGAUUCGGCUGCCCACCAAAUAGUUGAGGGGAGGUGGCUGAGAGAUCCCAGGUAUACAAAGGAUGUCAUUUCUCUGUAUAUGCGCGCAGGCGUGGAAGCCAUUAGCGGGAUCAGCUACACCCACUAUAUCCAUCGAGCAAUCUUGGAACACGCACAGGCGACAGGCGAUGUCAGCUUUCUGAAAGCACAAUUGCAGGGAAUGAUCAAGACUUUUAACUUAUGGAAUGUUACCGUUGAUUCCGUCACUGGGCUGUAUCACCGCACACCACUUUCGGAUGCUCAGGAAUACUCACUCCCUGGUUUUCUCACGGGUGGGCCAAAUGGUGGACCCGUGGAAGAUUGGUUUAGCUUUGAGAACGACUUCAACACCAUCUGGCUAGGUCCCGAGACUUACAGGCCAAAUUUCAAUGCGUACAUGGUAGCUGGAGCGCGGGCAAUAUCAGAAAUCGCUCAACUAGCCGGUGACGCCUCUCUUGCGCGAGAAUGGAAUGAAACAGCAUCGACCCUUUAUUCUAAAAUGCUAAGUAUGCUAUGGAAUGAUGAGCUUCAGUUCUGGAUCGAUGUCGUUGAGGGGACGAAUCUUCAAGCCAUAGGUCGACAGCUGAUAGGUUAUUUCCUUUAUCGGCUGGAUGUUGGAACAGAAGAUGCUUUCAUCCGUGGGUUGGAAGCUGGUCUGACCGAUACUAGUUUCUUGACUGAAUAUGGGCCGACAACUCUGGAGCAGUCGAAUAAGUAUUAUACGGCACUCAAAAACAUCACUUAUUGUUGUCUCUGGCAAGGCCAAUCAUGGCCCUUCAGCACAUCAAUGUAUCUCGGAACACUCGCUCGAAUAGCAAGGGAGAACCGUAGCACAAUUAUCACACCAGGGUUAUUCCAACAGGCAUUCGAUACGUACACAAGGACGAACUACAAAGACGGCAAUCCUUACACUGCUGAGUGUCAUUAUCCAACGAUUGACAUGUGGUCGGGUGAUACGACAAAUCAUAGCGAACACUACCUACAUUCGACUUAUAUUGACAAUUUCUUUACGAAUCUGGUUGGAAUUAUUCCCACAUUAGAGGACAGACUAGAAAUCCGGCCACUUGUUCCCGACAACUGGACUUAUUUUGCAAUUGAGAAUCUUCCAUAUCAUGGUUCACUCUUCUCCAUUUUGUGGGAUCAGAAUGGUGGCCAUUAUACAAAUUUCGAACACAAAAAAGGAUUAUCCAUAUAUUCCAACGGUAGCCUCCUACACAACCAGGCCACUCUCUCCCCUCUCAACGUGACCCUCUUCGAUGGCAGCGAAACAGCAGCAAGACUCGCCGCCCAACCAACUUAUCAAAACAUCCUCAUCAACCCCAAUGCACCCUGGGGUCUCCCCAACAUCAGCUCUGACUACACAUUUAGCAGCAACGGCGACAUCUCACCAUACGAAGCCUGGAAGAUGAUCGACGGCCUUCUCUGGUACGACACCACUCCCGACAACCGAUGGACCAACAAUCAAUCCGAGACGCCCUUCAAUACGAUUUCCGUUACACUUCCCCGCCCCCGCCAAAUGAACAGCAUCUCCCUAGCUAUCUACGAUGACACUGCUCGCGGCGGUGUCAUCGCCUGUCCUCACGGUAUCAUAAUCCAUGAUCGUAACGGCAGCGUCCUCGCCUCCCGGAACCCCUGGACAAGCUGUACGCCUAACGCGCUCAACACGAUCCUCUUCAACAGUGAUACGACCAACAAUACCAAUACAACAACUGCCUCUUCAGAUCUAAGUAUUGAAACCGACUACCUAUCCAUAACCCUCCUGAACGCGCUCUACUACUCCGUUGCCGUCUCAGAGAUCCAGAUCUGGGUCCCGUCCAGCCCAGGCCCUCGCUACGAAGCCGAGGAUGCAUUGCUAGGGACGUUCAUCGGCAGCUUCGAGGGCCGGAAAACAGGGCUGAACUGCACGAUCGAGAAGAAUGGCGUGCGGUUCGGGAAGGGGGGGUGGGCGGAAAUCGCAGAUGUCAAGAUGCGGGGCGCGGAAGGGGGAAUGGGGAAGCUAACUGUUGUGGGUGGUGGGACGGGGAAAUUGAAUGUACAGAUGAAUUUUCUGGGUAAUAGGACGGUUAGUUUCAAUGGUAGGGUUGGGAAUGUGACGCUUGAGGAGGUGCCGUUCUUGGAGGGGGGAAAUGUGGUUACGAUGUUUCAGGUGGAGGGGGAACCGUUCGUGGAUGCGAUUAUUGUUGGGUGAGGGAAUAGGGUAAAUGGGUUCAUAAAGGAUAAUGGGAGUGCGAGAGGAACUGAAGCGUGAUUGGA